ACAUUUACUGGUUAAUCUUAUGAUUCACCAAAGCUUAUUGGUAAAUGUCUGGAAUUAUGAAGAAAAUAAAGAUUUUCGGACAUUUAACGACGCUUAUUGUUGAAGGCACUUGAUUAUUCUUGAUUUACCGGUAAAGCGCUGUUUAUUUCGGCAUCUGCUGCUUUGCUUGGUAAAUGUUGACAUGUUUAUUUAGCAGACUCCUUUAUCCAUGGUGAGACUAGGGUGUAUGAACUAUUCAUCAGCUGCAAAGUCACUUACAACAACGUCUCACCCAAGACAGAGCACAAGGAGGUUAAGUGACUUGCUCAGGGUCACACAGUGAAUCGGUGAGUGAGCUGGAAUUUGAACUGGGGACCUCCUGUUUACAAGCCCUUUAACCACUGGACCACACAGCUUCUACAUUUAUCAGUAACUUAAGAUUUGCCAAUAUUUGGACUUUUACCGUAACACAUGAAUAAAGUAUACUUUGGGAAACUAAGCUAAAUUUACAAGAUUUCCAUUUAAUGUGAUUUAAGGAAGCUUUAUUCCGAUUAAAAUUGCUACUAGUUUGGGCUCCCGAGUGGCGCAUCCAGUAAAAGCACUCGCUAGAGUGCGGGAUGCGCUCUAUAGCCUGGACGUCGCCGGUUCGAGUCCAGGCUAUUCCACAGCCGACCGUGGACGGGAGCUUCGAGGGGGCGGCGCUCAAUUGGCCGAGCGUCGUCCGGGGGGAGGGAGGGUUUUAGGUCGGCCAGGGUGUCCUCGGCUCACCGCGCAUCAGCGACCCCUGUACUCUUGCCGGGCGCCUGCAGGCUUGCCUGUAAGUUGCCCAGAGCUGCGUUGUCCUCCGACGCUGUAGCUCUGAGGCGACUGCACGGUGAGUUCGCAGUGUGUAAAGAAGCGGGCGGCUGACGGCACACGCUUCGGAGGACAGCCUGUGUUCAUCUUCGCCCCUCCCGAGUCAGCGCAGGAUUUAAAAAAAAAAAAAUAAAUUGCUACUAGUUUGCAGUAGUAUAGUAGGUUUAGCUUAUGUUAAAUUCUCGCCAGAAAAAGAAUUAGUCAUCCCAUGAUAUAUUUUCUUCCUAAAUUCUCAUGAAAAAGCAGUCUGCAGUAUUUAAUUCUAAUCUAUAUACAAUGUAUACCAGGGAUUAUUAAAAUAAAGUUAUUCAAUGUUAAGACUUUGUGAAGAGUUUUCAUAGCUUUUGGGCUACUGUACAGUAUUGGCUUUAUCACAAAUCUUCCUUGAGUUCAGUUGAAAUAAGACAUGACUUGGAGUUUGUUCCCUUUUUGAGGCAAUGGUUUAAAGUACAGACAUUCCUCAAGUUCACAUUGAUUUGAUAUAUAUGUGUAAAAAGGGGAAAAGUAGCAGAAUUAAGUUGAUCGUUGGGGAUUGGUUAUGCAGAUGCCCUGCCCUUGUUCAUAAGGAAGUGUGAGAGGGGCUCACAGGGAAUAUUGCAUAAGAGAAAUUUAGCAAGAUGGCACAGCUACUCCACUUUGUUUUUCUGAUCUCAGUGCUGGGUUCUAUGCAUCACACUGUAAAUGGAAUUGUCAUGGAAAAACUUGCAAAUAAAAAGCUGUGUGCAGAUGAAGAUUGUGCAUAUGCCAUUUCCCUUGCCAAGGCAGAGGAUGAUUAUAUUGCUGUGGACUGCAGGUUUAUUAACAUAAGGAGAGGUCAAUUGAUCUACGUUUAUUCCAAACUGCUACCAGAAGAAGGGGCUGGAGAAUUUUGGUUCGGAAGUGUUUAUAGCGACCGCUUUGUGGACCAGAUGGGUGUCUUAGGCUAUUUCCCCAGCAAUUUAGUAAAAGAAACUCAUGUUUUCAAGAAGGGGAAGACAGAAAUUAUGACAACGGACAUGGAUUUCCACUGUGAAUAAAAUUGAAGAUUGUUUUCACAAAGUCUCUACAAAACAUUAACAUUUUCUAUUUUACUAUCUUCUGACUUUAAAUGUAAUUACAUUUCAAAUAAAAAGUGAGAGAUUAAGGCUUAAAUAGUUGAAACAGUAAUUAUGCAAUGUCUUGCAUGUUUCUUGAAAUAUCAUAACUUAAACAUUUCAUUCUUCAAAUAUGAAUUCAACCAUUGUUUUAAUGUAAUCUUCUUUUACUAAUUUGUAUGCAUAGCUGCAUUAAAUAAAGCCUUUUAAGGAUAA